GCAUUAGGACCGCAGACUGCGGGGAUUCACGGAGAGUUGUUUCUCAGCUGGUCGUCGCGCGGGUAGAGCUCAAAUAUGUAAUCUCUUUUACAGCCAGAUCGCCAGUUCUUAUCUUUCUUAAUACCGGUAUCUCUGGCGUUCCUCUCGUCUCAGGAGAAACACCGUAUCAGUCACUUUCUGUUCCCCCACCAUUCCCAACGAUAGCUUACUCGAUCCGCAGGAGUGCGCUAGGCUUACUGCGGUGUUUACUCUAUUUCGACUACUCCGGCAGCGGAGCGCGAAACCUUUCUCCGCCGUUUCGUCUCGCCUAGGUCCUAGUUUUCACGGCAAGAGACCGGUCUCCAUCUAGUGAAGAUGGUGCAAACGACGAACCGAGGUGCUGGCCAUUCGUCGAACCAGAAGGGCGGUGUUCGCGUUUACAAGAUCGUCGUGCUUGGCGAUGGUGGCGUGGGAAAAAGCGCUCUGACACUUCAGUUCGUGACUCACAGCUUCUUGGAAUACCACGACCCGACCAUCGAGGAUGCCUACCAGCAAAAGACGGUCAUUGAUGGAGAAGUGGCCCUAUUGGACAUACUGGACACUGCUGGCCAGAUUGAAUUCACAGCUAUGCGGGACCAGUACAUGCGCUGCGGGGAAGGUUUUGUCAUAUGCUAUGCCAUCACCGACCGUAGAAGCCUGGAGGAAGCUGCCGAGUGCAGGAAGCAGAUCGAGCGUGUCCGCUGUUCAGAGUCUGUGCCCAUGGUUCUGGUUGGCAACAAAUGUGACCUGGAAAGUUCUCGCCAGGUUUCCACCGAGGAAGGGCAGGCGUUGGCACGACAGAUGAACUGCCCCUUCUACGAGACCUCAGCCGCUCUGCGUCACUUUGUGGAUGACGUGUUCCACACACUGGUCCGUGAGAUCCGGCGCCGGGAGAAGGAGCGACAGUUCCUGCUUCGGCGGGCCGCCCGCAGGAAGGCAUCCAGCGAGCGGUGGCAAGCGUUCACACACGCCUGCCGCUCCCUGCUUUGUGUGCGCGGAUCCGGGGACGCGUCGUCUCACUCCUGAGCAUGCACUGAUAUUUUUUUUGGUUGACCCUCCCCUCUGUUUGCCCGUCCAAGGCUUUGUUGUGUUCUUCUGCUCUAGGCCAACAUUUGUUGAUCAGUGUGCAGCCAAGCAGUGUCGCAUAGUGGCCCGGGUUUCGACUGCUGCUACUGCUGAUCGGCUUGCAGUUGAACAAAUGUAAGGCAGCUAGCUAGCAGUGGCGCCUGUAAAUCACUGCUCAACUGAGUAAAGUCUCAGUUUUAUUGCUGACAGGUUUUAGGUUGCAGUAUGUCAACUGCCGUCUUGUUCGCUAUUGCCUCUUGUUGCAAAAUUCAAAGAAAUAUUAUGUGGUUAGGAUGAUGGGGAAAGCUCAGUAGCAGUAGAAAGCUUCUGGGGGUACAGCAUUUCAAAGAUGUCACAUGUUGUUGGGGGCGGUUUCUACAGAUGUUCAUGCAGUUUCGCAGUGUGCAAGGCAGCUCAAGAUGUUGGUGCUUUUCUCAUUUGCACAGAAAUAAGACAGUUUACUAAAAAUGUGGAUAAAGCCCAUGCAGUACAAGGCCUAUCUAUUCCUCUGUCUUGAUCAACAUCUCUGUGUGCUGUUGCAGUUUUAGAUUGCAAUAGAGACAUCCAAUUUCUCUCCUGGCCAAAUUCUGGGUUGCUGUGGACAGGCUUGUCACCAAUGCUGUUUGUCACGUGCAGUGAUUUAGAGGCUUUGCUGCUUCAUCUUGUAACGUAAAAGUAAACAUACUUCACUUCGUGUUCAUUGUCAUGUGGCAAGUUUCCACGCUUGGAUGUACCGACAGCACAGAGAACGAAAGCAUCUAUGAUUUCUGUGCACUUUAACAAGGAUUUUUGUUUUCAUUGGGGCAUGUGAGCGCUUAUGGAAAAGAAGUUGGGCUAGUUCUGGGUACUCACCUUUUAUUUCUAGUUUUUUGGAACAUCACAUGACGUAACGACAUACGAGGCAUAAAGCUCUCAAGUUACUUCAAUCAAAAGUCACAGAUAUGUGCUCUUACAACUUAGUUUGUACACUGUGUUGCAUUUGCAAGCAACUUUUGUUCUCUAGUGCAGUGUUCUCAGAUCCAUGUCUGCAGACCCUCUAGUAGUCUGCAAAGUCAUUUCUGAGGUCUUUGAAGCAAAUGAAGGAAAAGUUCGAUCUGUUAGGUGGGUGACUGACCACAUGUUACUUUCUGCUCUUGUGAAAUUAUUCACGGCACUUGCAAGAAUGUCCACUCUCAUGGGAAAAUGCCUCAGUUAGUAUAGGCAGUUUUAUUUUCCGUUUAUGAGCACCACCAACUUGGGCUGUUACAUGAACGAUUUUUAAGUUUCGGUGCACUAAUGCAGAGGUUGCGAAACACCGAAUGCACCUGUUCAACAGUGUUGUAUAUGAAUUGACCUUUUGGUAUUAUGCAUUGGCGGUUACCAUUAGAAAACACCCAUGGUAACAACCCGUGACUCCAACACUUUUGUAAAAUGGUCUGACCUAUACAACAGCUAAUGAUGAAAGGUCCUAAAUAGCACUAAUAAGAGGACAGAAAUAAGAAUGACAACACACAGUGCUGCAUUCUCAUUAUUAUGUCUGUCCUUGUCUUUGUAUAUUACUUUUUAGGAUCUCCGUGGUAUAACAGACCAACCAGCCCAUAUUAGCGCCUUGAUGAAAGGUUAAUCUGUGGGCUUCCAUUGCAGAUUUAAGUUGCCACAAGCACUUGAAUACAGAUGGGGUGUUCCCUCUGAUAAUGGGACGACUGUACGGAAGUCAUCCCCCAUCUGGUAUUGCUUAAAAUUUCACUUGCCGUAUAUUGCAACGGUGUGAGUGCAACAUAUAUUGCUACAGUGUAAGUGUAAUUUCAGGUUAUUACUAUUAUUAUCUUUUGCAUUCCCAGCCCACAGCCUAUGUUUCUUUUUCAAUAUGUGCAUAUGUAUUGCACACCUGAAUAGAAAGCUUAUUGAAGAUUCUAAACGUGUGUUGUGGAUUCAAAGCUUUCGUUUAAGAAUGACAGAACUCUAGCACCUUGUACAAGGGACGCUUAGAAAGUAAGUUUCGUCAUUUAUUUUCACACAGAAACCUUAUUGCCAAAAAAAAAUUACACCAUGGCAUCAUGAACUGUACAUCUCGCACUAUUUUUCCACAUAGUCACCACUGACAUUGAGACGUUUGUCAUAUCGUGCAAUCAAUUUCAAAAAACCUCUCUGGUAGAAUUCGGUGCCUUGCAAUGCAAGGUAUUGUCGCACAGCUUGCUCCACCUCAUCAUUAUUUUGGAAGCGACGUCCCCAGAGUGCGGCUUUCAAUGCAAGAAACAGGUUCCCAUUCUUACCAGAUCUUCCAUGGCAACCCUGUUGUCAGCACACGUCUGUCUGCCAUUGGGAUUUAUGCUCGAGUAACCCUGGGCACGCUGGUGUGCUGCUACUCUCUCUUCUUCAGCACUCUGCGCAUAUGCCAUUCCUCCUCCGCUGACGCUUCUUCCAUCAUUGAACCAGCAAUAGGCGGGGAUUCUUAUGGCGAUUGUUUGUUUCACCUGGUGUACUAUCUUCUCUUCCGAAAAAAUGACGAAACUUGCUUUCAGAACGUCCCUCAUGAUAUCGGAAAAUAUUUGGUACGGCGUGCUGAAAAGCAGUUGCUGUAGAUGCUCUCCUGUGGACCAUCUUCUGACCAAAGAGGAAACUCACCGAAAUGUUUAAAUGUAAAAGACAAGGACUCCUUACUACUAAAAUUUGAAAUGGACUGCCGUCCUUAGCAAGUUUUGGAAGUUUUUCAGGCGACUUAACGAUUGUCUUCAGCACCUGUAUGGCUAAGAUAGGGAAUACCUUUCUCUGUUUGCAUUUAAGUAUGCUGUGUUUAAGGCAUACCACCCAUUCCAUUUGUAAUCUUUGUUUUGUUUGUGUGUUUCUCGGAACACAUAUUAAGAAUAUUGCUAGAAUUGGACAUUACAGCUGUUCAGGUUGAUUAUUUGUAUGACAAAUUACGAUGCUCAUUUGGUUAUUUACAUAUUAACAGUUAAUAUUUUUCACACUAAAGCCUCCCCUGCACACAGUGGGACAAAAUUAAGGGAAGCACCGUUGGUCUUUCACAGAGCUUUGUGGGUGGUCGCCUCGAAACUAAAUUUUUGGCUAAAUAAACAUGAACUCGCUACUGCCUGGCUUCAAUUCUGUGAGAGAAAUGUGUCCGAAAGUGAAAUAUGAACGUUAAUUAGUUGAAUUUUCGUAAUUAGCCAAAUCAACUCUGAUUUCUCAUGAAUGUAAUGUCCAUCUCUAUAAGCAAACCACCUGAGGAGGCCUAAUUGCAAUAUCUGCUGCAGAUGUUUUUCUUUAUCUGUUAUGCUUGCAAUGCCUAUUUUGCAGUGUUUGGCUUGUACAGUGUAGCUCGUUUAUGAUAUUGUCAAAUUAUGGGGCUUCCUGUUGCAGCAUCCCAUUGUCGGAAUUGCACAAGCUAUCGCUUGUAACAACUAUAGAUUAGGUUUCUUGCACUUUAAUGACAUGUGUACAUGUCUUGCCUAAAUAACAUGAAACUUACACUGUUGACAUGGCUAAUAGGAGUUAAUUGAAUUUGCUUUUGUUAGUGUCACUGACUUUUGCCGGAAAGUGCAAAUUGUUUCAAAGUCAUGUUUGUAUACCGCCCUAUUUGUAUGUACACAUCAGUGCAAGUUGUCUGAAGCGUAGAUGCAGACCAUUGCUUUCACAUAUUUACAAACAAUGACAGUUCAUAUAUACGUACAAGCUAUAUCACCUACCGCUUUCCUUUACCUCUCUUCUAUUCAUAGUUUUCAAAGUGUACUAUAGUAGAUUAUUACAAUACUUGAGUAUUGUGGAGCAAAGCUUGCUUAAAGGGGACUUGAACCACCUCUUGGGCUUGGUGAAGUAGCAUAGUCCGUGGGUAGCAUACGCUACUGUGAACACCUCGGUCAAGUUUUGCUGUUGAACGCGGUGCGUGGAGCUCGCAAGCGGAUCGCGAUGUCAUUUUUCUCUCAAACGCUCUCUUUUCAACAGAAGGCCCUGUCCUCACUCUCUUCCGUACGCUUUAUUUCGUCAUUGGAUUCUUUAUUUCGUCAUUCCGUUAGACGGCUGCUAUUGGCCAAUAGCUGACAUCAGGCUGUGGUCGACUACAUGGUGUAGAUAUCGUGGCUGUAACGGGGUGCCACCACGAGUCCACUGGCUAAGCGCACUGCGGCUCACUAAGAACAACCGCGUUUAGCUUAUGCAUCAUAGGCACCUAAGGUAAAAGUUGUGGUGUUUGCGUAAACAUCCAAAAUCAAAUUUGAACUGCAGGCCACGGUGACAUUUAGAAGGUGGAGCAUUGUAGGCAUGCCUUACUGCACUGUAGCCUUCGCAGUGCAAGACAUUGAAGAAGGAAUGGGAGCACAGCGGAAGCCGUGUUUCAUUGCCAAUAACUCCGCACAUGCUGAAUGCAUUGAAGUACUUUUUGCGCAAAGUAUUUAUGAAAUAACCUAUUUGGACUUCAAAUGCCUUUCUACACUUCGAUAAAAAGUGGUUCAGGGCCCCUUUAAACUCUCGCUGCAGUGAUGGUGUGGAAGUGCAGGAAUGAAUUGCGCUGAAAACGUCUGCAUGAGUCAUGUACAAAGCUACAAAGCUUGUUUGAACGCUAGUAUUGUUGUCGCUGUGUCGCACAUUGUUCAAUGCUGUUCGAUUGUUAGCGUUGUGGUUUGGCCCAGGUUAGUUCAGCACACCAUUCUCAUAGUAAGAAAACUUGUACAAGUCCAGCAGUAAGUAUAGCUUCUUAACAAAGUGCUUUGGGCUCCUUGCAAAUUCUCCCUCCGAGAAUUUACAGCAGUAGACUUGUAUUCAAAGACUGUCUUAGUUUGUGAUUAUCAUCAUAGUGAAGGGCUGUAGGUUGAUUUUAACCACCUAUUGUUGCUUCUAACUCCACCGAAAUCUUGGAACACAGCCGUUCUCGCGUUCUAAUGCAGUCAGAGUGUAGCUGCUGUGGCUGGGAAUGGAACCUAUGACCUUGUGUUGAGCAGCAGAAUGGCCAGUGACAAGACCACGGAGACACUGCAGUAGGUCUGUUAGGAAUUAAUGCAUGUUGUCCAGAAAGAUUACCUGUGUAAUGCCAGUGUCCUUCAGUCAUGGAAGCUUUCACACACCUCUUUGAUGGGGGGGCACUUCUUUAACAACUCAAUGCCUGACAUUGCCAGUGCACAUGUUGAUGGCUGUGCCGUGUAAUGGAAGCUACACAUUAAGCAUAUUCACAUGUCGUCACGUCAUCUAGUGCCUUUAGCCCGUGCCACCGCACACCAAAAUUGAAUGUGGGCGAGUCAUGCGGAACAUGUCCACCAAUUCUGUCUAGGUCGAUGAGGGUCACGUUGAUCUCAUGGUGAUCUCUUUUACUCUCACGUGAUCAAUAUUUUUAGUGCUCAGACCUGAACCAAGUGCCAAUCUGCACAGGAAGUUUAAAUGGUUAAUGCUUUCUUGAUAUUUUCCGAUGCUAUAAGCUUCCAAGAUGCAUACUUCUUAUGACUUUUCCUGAUAAACACAUACUAACAAUAUUGUAGUAUCAUCAUCUAGGCACUUUGUGUGUGCUGUCUAUCAGUACUUUAUCAGGGUGGCAUUUAGAGCUACAAGGUUCAUCUUCACAAACUGUUAAAUAAUCUACAAGGCAGGCACCUCUACUGGGUCGUUUGUGGUGAUCUUUGGAAAAGUCAUUUUGAAACAAGGUCCUUUGAGGGGAUAGACAAUAAUCGAGAGGCAUUAUCAUCUGUCUGAUCAAAGAUAAUCAUAUGAGAAGCCAUCAAACAAAGACACCAAAGAAAACAUAGGGAAAAUUACUUGUGCUUAUUAAUUGAGUAAAAAGAAAUGAUAAAUUAAUGGCAAUGCACGUGGAUGAAAAAACAACUUGCCACAGGUGCGGAACGAUCCCACGUCUUCAUAUUAUGCUUUCCCCAUCUGCGGCAAGUUGUUUUUUCAUGCACUUUCAUUGUCAUUAAUUUAUCAUUUCUUUAAUUCAAUUAGUAAGUACAAGUAAUUUCCCGUUUUCUUUGGUGUCUUUGUUUGUUGGUUUCUCAUGAUAUGAUCAAUAAAAAUCGGGCCCCUCAGUUACCUCCCUUUAUUCUUGAUCAAAGAUAAGGCAUACAGGAACCACUUGCAACAGGAAUGAUCAAGAUGCUGUUUAUUUUUCCAGCUGACUUGUCUACAGCUUUCAGAUCAAAAGAGUGCUAGUCUUAAUGAAAUGCUCCUACUUUAAGCAUUACUUAAAAUAGGUCGAGGCUGCUGUGUCUUCGUGAAGUGCAACUAUGUUGCAUGGUAUAUCAUGCAGUAGUUAAAUCGUUGGAGCGCCUGGUUUGUUGCUGGGAAGAUGUGGACAGAUGUCCUCCAGGCUUCCCUCCCAGACUUGCUGCCUCAACCAUGUUACUAGAAGCAAGGCAUGCACAGUCUAGUCAGGGACGCGCCAGUCCCCUUACAGGGUUACAAGUGGCGGACAUUUAGCAUUAAGUGAUGACAUUACUGGAGGGACACGAAAAAUGAAUAUGUUGAGAUUACACUUUCGGUAUAUUAAAUAGGUCAUUCCUAGUGCCAUUGUAGCAAGUCUAGCAUUCCUAGUCAGUGUAGCAGGUCGGAGAAACACGCCUGCGCAGAUAACAUGUUGCAGGUGACACCGCCUGAAAUUCGGGCACCAACAUUUGUUGCGUUUGAUUGCAUAUUUUUGCAUCUGCUUGAAGCGAGUGCAGCAUUUUUCAAGUGAGAAAAGAGUCGUGUUGCAUUUCUAGACUUUUCCUGCACAUCGAUGAAUGCUGUGAUGCCCACGGCGUCACUGCUGUGAUCAUGGGCAUCAGAAUUGCAAGUAAAAAUUAAGAAGGGAUGGUUUGCCCUUUAUCGCUUCUGGAAGUAAACCUUUUUACACAUGGUAAAUGCUAAUAGAGUUCUGAAAAGAUCAUCUACGUUUCUAAACCGAUUUAGUUGCUCUUUUUAGUGUCCCUUUAAGCUUAAUGUUUUCAAUGAAGGUUCAUAACCAUGCAGUUGGCCUAUUCACUUGAUAUUCUCUUGACAUAAAGACAUUGUAGAGACUUUCUCACCCAAAAUAGGAACAUAUUGCAAUCAUCUGCUUUUUAUUUUUUGUUCAUGCUAUAGCUUUGUGCUUCUUCAUCCAAUCCUUCUGAGUGUUUGUGUGUACAAUGAUUGAGAAUAUUGUUGAACUAUUUAUAGUGUUGCUUUAACUGUACUUUUUGAAUAUGUUUGUCUGCAGUGAAAGCUCACUGGGGGAGACAGUGGGCAAAUUGCUGGAAGCUGCAACAAAAUGUGUAAUUUAAUCGUACUUUGCGUCUGUUGCCACAGUUUUUCUCUUACUGUUAGUUGCAGCAUCCGUGCAAGUCCUAUUGCCAGUACAUAUUUGCAAAAAUGGCUCAUCAUAGACUACUUUUUCAUGUGUCACAGGUAGACAGUCAGUCUCACACUCGGUUUGCAUUUGGUUGUGACAUGUUUUGCAUUACCUUUUUUUUUUCUUUCACUGAAGUAGUACUGCUACUCUGCACAGAUUUGCUCCUGUAUGCCUAUUUCAACUUCUGCAAGGUCCAGUCUCUAAUGCGCUGUAACUAUAGUAGCUGCUUGUUGACGGUAUCUUCAGAGUAGUUAAACCACUUUGUUUCUGCAGUCGAGUUUGAACAUGCAUUGUAUGCGAGGGUUGUGCAAUAUGUGGCCAGUCAUUGGCUCCCUAGAGCAAAAGUUGGUGGGGUAUAUGGACGGUCUUGACCCAUUUUAUUAGGCACGUUUGAUGUGGUUGUUUGAUCGAUGACUAUUGUUGUUUACCAUAGUGCAAACAGAGAAGCUACACGGCUGCUAUUUAUGAGAGUUGUUGGAAACGUUUGUUGUUCAUAACCUUCUUUGUGCAUGUAAAGUGUUUCACAUAGAUUAAUGUUCAGCCUCCCAAGGAAACGUUUCUCUUGUCUCUGGAAGUGCAGCCUCCACUGUUUCCUCAGUCAUGAAGGCACAAUGUACCUGUUUCACGGAUGUCCAAUAAGGAAAAAAUAUACGAAAUGUAUUACA